GAUUAGAAUCGAAUUAGUUGCAUCUAUCUAUUUGUAUAGAACUUAAUAGAUAGAUACAAUCUUACAACAUCUUCCGUAUAUCCGUAACAUAUGCUAAGGUCUAUAAGAUGAUGGUUAAUCAACGUUUUACUACUCAAUAGCGUUAAUAAACUUAACAUUUUGUUAUUUCAAUCUUUUUAUUUAAUUUUAUGCGCAAUAUAAGAAUAUUGGAUGAAGGCGAAUAAGGAACUGGUUUUAAUAUAUGAAUAUGGUGCGAAGAUGAGUCGAGUCAGUCUCUCAGACGAUCUUUCGCCUGACGCCGAUCGCCGCUAGUCUAUAAUUUUAAUUGUGUUUAAAAUGGAAACUAAGUUAAGUUUGUUCAUUUUUUUAACUAUCGCCUAUAACUGCAACGGACAACUCCUUGGUGGUAUACUAUCUGGUGCGCAAAAUGUUUUUGGUGGACUUACUCAUGGUUUAAAUGUGAACCUUGGAGGUCAUUUCGGUCUGCACAAUAAAAAACCACCGCAAAAACAACCCGAAGAAACCAUCAUUGUGGUCGUGGAAGAAGAAAACGAUCAGAAUAAAGAACCACCUCCCUACAGGCCGAAUCAAAAUGGCUAUAAUGGUAACAAUGGCUACAACGGUAACAAUGGCUACAACGGUAACAACGGCUAUAAUAACGGAUAUGGUCCCGGGCAUAAUGGAAAUAGACCACACCAACAGGGACACGGGAACCACUACGGGAACGGUUAUGGGAAUGGAAACAAUGGCGUAAACCGACCAAACCAUGGCCACCAUCAUGGGCGACCACCGAAUAAUAACUUUUAUGGUAACGGGAAUGGUUACGGAAAUGGCAACUAUGGACAACAAGGUCACGGUUACAAGCCAAACAAAUAUCCUAAUCAAGAAAACUAUGACCGGCCUAACAAUCCCACACAAGGAAACGAUAACUAUGGAAAUAAUAAUCCAAAUCAAGGAUAUAAUAAUAAUGGUUAUAAUAAUCAAAAUCAAGGCAAUAACAACCAUGGAUAUGAUGAUCCCAAUCAAGGAAAUAACGUUUUCAACAAACCAAAUCGACCUAAUCAAGGGAACAACAAUUUUAAUAAACCCAACCAACCCGAUCAAGGAUUUGAAGACUUCGGUAACCAGAAUAAUCAAGGAAAUCCUAAUAACUUCGGUAACCAGAAUAACCAAGGAAAUCCUAAUAACUUCGGUAACCAGAAUAACCAAGGAAAUCCUAAUAACUUCGGUAACCAGAAUAACCAAGGAAAUCCUAAUAAUAAUAAGCCCGUUGAAGGCCAAACCUUCCAACCUAUACCUACAUUGCCUCCAAAUGAUUUCACAAGUAAGAAACCUGUGGUAACUGAAAAGCCAGACACAGAUGUUCCGCUGUUCAUACCCCUCAACCCCAACGAUACAGGGAGCAGUGACGAUAAGACUAAUACAGAUCCUAAAAGAGAGACGGGAGAAGACGAUGAUAAUUACGAGAUAGAUAUUAGGAUAAAAGAUGAAUAGGUAUUUAGUAAUCUCUAUAUUUAUAAUUGAUAUCAGUAAGACUGAUAAUAUAAACAUUACAAUUCACCAGGG